UAUGUCUCUGCCAACUCUGAUCAACACAUAAUCAAUGCAUUCAAACCUAACAUCACUUAAGGAUUAUUUGAAACACAUUUGCAGUCAUUGUUUGAUUUUUUGUCAUUCAUUGUAUUGCUUGUGACCAACAAAUCGUCGGUAAAAAUGUCGGUCAACGAAGAGACCAGUGUUUAUAUGAAUGGCCACAACAACGGAACGGUGACCAAUGACAUCGUCGGCACUCUCAAUGGUGACUACAAUAUGGAUCUGUUUCUGUUUUCGUCGGAAUCGGUCGGCGAAGGACAUCCCGAUAAAAUGUGUGACCAAAUAAGUGAUGCAAUACUUGACGCCCAUUUGGCAGUCGAUCCCGACUCGAAGGUUGCGUGCGAGACGGCCACCAAAGGCGACCUUAUUAUUGUGUUCGGGGAAAUCACAUCAAAGGCCAAAGUGGACAUCGAGGAAGUGGUCAGGAAUACCGUCAAAAAGAUUGGUUACGACGAUCUUUCAAAAGGUUUUGAUUAUAAGACCUGUAAAGUGAUGAUUCAUAUUGACCAACAAAGUCCUGAAAUUGCAUCCGGAGUUCAUGUAAACAAAAGAGAUGAAGAUAUUGGUGCCGGAGAUCAGGGAUUGAUGUUUGGUUACGCCACCGAUGAAACUGAAGAGUGUAUGCCAUUGACAGUGGUAUUGGCCCACAAACUAAAUGCCCGAUUGGCAGACUUGCGACGCGAUGGCACUUUCCCGUGGGCCAGACCUGACUCGAAAAGUCAAGUUACGGCUGAAUACUACUUUCGUCGGGGAGCAGCCAUUCCCACACGUAUUCAUACAGUUGUCAUUUCGAUUCAACAUUCAGAUGACAUCUCUUUGGAUGAGCUAAGAAAGCAAGUGAACGAAAAAGUUAUACAAAAAGUGAUUCCCAGUCAAUAUAUGGAUUCACGAACUGUUAUACACAUUAAUCCGUGCGGGAAGUUUGUUUUGGGCGGACCUAUUUCGGAUGCUGGACUUACUGGUCGUAAGAUUAUUGUUGAUACUUAUGGUGGUUGGGGCGGACACGGAGGCGGCGCCUUUUCUGGUAAAGAUCCGACAAAAGUAGACAGAUCUGCUGCUUAUGCCGCGCGUUAUGUUGCAAAAGCAUUGGUUACUUCAGGUCUCUGCAAGAGAUGUCUCGUUCAGGUUUCAUACGCUAUUGGAAUCGCAAAACCACUUUCAAUAACAGUCUUCUCGUUCGGAACAUCGAAGUUAAGCCAAAAAGAAUUGGUGACAAUUGUGAACAACAACUUUGAUCUCAGACCAGGCAUUAUCAUUAGAGACUUGAAUCUCAAAAAACCUAUUUAUGAGGCGACCAGUGUUUACGGCCAUUUUGGACGACAAGCCUUUCCGUGGGAAGCGUUAAAAAAUCUCAAACUUCAUUGAGAAGUGUAUUUGGUUUGUGUUUAACUUAAUUCAAGAAUAUUCCAAUCUAUCAGUAUUUUUUGACUUAAUUUUGGCACAAAUAUUAAUAUUAUAAUCAAAUGCUUAUUAUAUUUAC